AUCUAAAACAUUUUAAUACAACGGUAGAUGUCUUUUCAAUUUCCACAUGGACAUUGGGCUUUUAUUUACGACUGAUAAUUUGACAGUCGUUUCAAAAUUUAUGAAAACCUCUUGAAAUAUGGAAGAGAAAUCUUGCAAAGAGCAAUUAACAGAAAAUACAGAUGUCAACCAAGAUGAGUUGAUUCUUCAACAACAAAGGCGAAUCGAAAUGGAGAUUUCUGAAUCUAUUGCUUUAGUUGGAGAGAAAGAAUCUAUAAAAAGUUUGGAACGUGAAUAUUCUGAAGAUGAAGUAUAUUUAUCAAAAGCUAAAGCAUUAGGUCAAAAAUAUUCAUAUAUUAGGAGAACUAGACCUGAUGGAAAUUGCUUUUUUAGAGCUUUUAGUUAUGCAUAUCUUGAAAAGUUAAUUGGAAAUAAAGAUGAAUAUGAAAAAUUUCGAGAACUUGCAUUAAAAAGUAAAGAUAAUUUGGUAGCAUUAGGUUUUCCUCAAUUUACAGUUGAAGAUUUUCAUGAUACGUUUAUGGAUGUAAUUGAUAAAGUAGGAGAAGAUGCAGAGUCAAGUUAUAUUGAAUUACAUAAACUUUUCAAUGAACAAGGUUGUUCUGAUUAUGUUGUUGUAUAUCUUAGAUUAAUUACUUCUGGUCAAUUACGACGAGAAGCUGAUUUUUAUCAGCAUUUUAUUGAAGGAGAACGUACUGUUUCAGAAUUUUGUCGUCAAGAAGUAGAACCAAUGUACAAAGAAUCUGAUCACAUUCACAUCAUAGCUAUGAGUACUGCUUUAGGAACUGGAGUACGUGUUCGUUAUAUGGAUCGAGGUGCAGGAACUGAAGUAACAGCACAUGAUUUCCCUGAAGGUGCUAUUCCUGCUGUUCAUUUAUUAUAUCGUCCUGGUCAUUAUGAUAUUCUAUAUCCUUGAUAAAUGAUACAUUAAACUUACAAUUUUU